UUUGAACUGUUCACAGUUUACAUUAAUAGGUACAACACUGUCAUUAUUUUAUUAGAGUACAAGGCACUUGAUAAAUAUUAUAAUCAUGGUUUUCGAUGUUUCAGUGUUUUUAACAGGAGUUUUAAUACUCUCUGUGCAAUAUAACCGGGUCAUUUGUGAUGAAAUUAUUGUGACGCCUGACGACAUCACACUCUACCUCUAUACUCAACCAAAUCGUGAUAAUCCUCAAGCUUUAAGAUCUAGCGAUCUCAGCGAUCUAUCUAGUUCAAAAUUUAAUAGUUCACUACCGAACUAUAUCGUCUUUCAUGGCAUUGUUAACAACUACAGGUCGAGUCUUUAUAUCAGGGACCCAUUGUUAACUGUGGCAGAUGUCAAUUUAUUCCUGGUGGAUUACAGUCGACCUGCAAGCAGUUGGGAUUGGGCCAAGGAAGCUAUCGAAGGAACAGCCCAAAUUACCGCCGAGUAUAUUAAUUUAAUAAAAAGACAAUACAAUGUUGGUUCGGACAAGUUUAUUUUGGUAGGAUUUAGUCUAGGAUGUCAUAUUGCCGGAGAGAUAGGAAGACUUCUUGAUGGAGAUAUAAAUACCAUUAUCGCUUUGGACCCACCUGAACUAUCACCUUCUUACAUUGAUAGAACUAAAGCGAACUAUGUUCAGGCAAUACACACCAGUAAUAUUGCAAUAAAAACUGCAGUUGGACAUCUCGACUUCUUUGCUAAUGAUGCUAAUCAACAACCCGGUUGCAAUGGGAAUAAUGAAUGCAACCAUUUCAGAGCAACUAAAUAUUAUGCCGAAUCGCUUAUAUCAGGGGGAUUUACAUCAGUAAAGUGUGACAGUUACGAAUUAUUUUCCGUUGGGCUUUGCAAUGGUAAUGCUAAAGCUCAUCUCGGGGGUUUAAACUUAGAAAAAAGCGCAACUGGAUCGUAUUACUUAUGGACCAAUAGUGACUCUCCAUUUUCCUUAGACUAAUGAUGAUGUUUUUAAGGAAUAGUCAAAUUGACAUCUUGGAUCUGUAAAAUAGUACCUA